AUGUCUAACUACACGGUGAAAUAUUACUUGGAGAAGGGUGCGGAUCGAGAUAAGUUGGUCGUGGGAAUCCCCACGUACGGAAGGAGUUACACUCUGGUGAACCCCACGGCGAACACCCUCGGAUCACCCGCGCAGGGCCCCGGGGAAGCUGGCAAGUACACCAAGGAAAAGGGUUACCUCGCCUUCUACGAGGAUAUUUAA